AUGAAUCUCGAUACUUUGUUUAUGAAAAAGGGGAAAAUAUUCCUUGUUAUGCAUUUGGUGGUUGAGGGAUUUAUUUUGGUAUUGUGCAGCUAUGAACUGAAAGGGGUUGAGGAAGAAGAAAUAGCUCGGUUAGCUGAGGAUGGUGACAUAUACAACAAGUUGUCUAGAUCAUUUGCUCCUGAGAUUUUUGGGCAUGAAGAUAUCAAGAAAGCUCUUUUACUCUUAUUAGUGGGGACUCCUCAUCGGAAGCUCAAGGAUGGGAUGAAGAUAAGAGGGGAUCUACAUAUAUGUUUGAUGGGUGAUCCUGGAGUUGCAAAAAGUCAGCUGCUUAAGCACAUAAUUACUGUUGCACCAAGAGGUGUGUAUACAACUGGAAAAGGAAGCAGUGGUGUUGGUCUUACAGCUGCUGUUCAGAAGGACCCGGUCACACAUGAGUUUGUGCUGGAAGGGGGGGCAUUGGUGCUGGCUGAUAUGGGGAUAUGUGCGAUUGAUGAGUUUGAUAAGAUGGAUGAGUCAGACAGGACUGCCAUACAUGAAGUCAUGGAGCAGCAGACGUUGUUGCUGGUGCCAAUCCUGCCUGGUAUUAUUUACUCUUACCAAUUAUCAUUUAUUUUUUAA